AUGUCUUCACACUACAACCUUCAAUCCCAACGUUCCGCAACGCUAAACGUUGAACAAACGAUCCCUGGGACUUUAGUUGAGUCCCCUUUAACUGAAAAUAGCACUAACGAUGCAACCCCAACCCUGUCCCCUACCGAGAGAUCCUUCUCGCGUCUGGGUGACUCCGUUCUCAGACCCGCUCGCUCCUAUAGUGACGUGGUACGAAUGAGGUCAGAUACGCCCCAGCCAGAGGCUGGAGUGCGUUCGGCUAGCGUUGAUAGCGCAACGACUGGUCGUCGUCAGUCGACCGGUGUAGUAGAAAAUUUAAAUGACGAACCUGUCAAUAACCCAUUCGUCACCACCAGUGAAUCUUCGGCGGAGUCAGAGAGUGGCACACCAUGGAAAACGGUCAAGGACCGCCGAAUUAAGUCUAGACGGGCAGCCAAACGCAAGCCCAAGACUAAGGAUCAGAUUGAACCUGACCUAGUGAGAGAAGCUGAGAAGCACCUCACCCAAGAAGAGAAACAACGUAUCUCUGAUAGGAGACACGUUGAAGAAAGGGCUCGCGGGAGCGAGCAGACGUCGUCGUCGCAUGACGAAGGUGUUAGAGUUAGCACAUAA